GCCAGUUAUAGCUAGCUAAUAAAGAGCUACGUUAAGAAAUAUCCUGUAGUACUGCAUUUUAUCAUUUUGUACAAAGUGUUCACCUUCGUCCUUGAUUGGUCAACUGUAGGGUUGACACGAGUUUCUGCUUUUUUGUUGAUUUAGCACGAAACUAUGUGGAUUCGACAUGACAAACGACAACAUCGAGCAUCGAUUGACUGAGGAGGUAAAGAAGUACCUUCUCCACUGCAUUAUAUAAAGACUAGCAUGUAAAUGCCAAUUCAUGGAGGGAGAUUGCGGAGACACUGGGGUCCGACCCAACCGCUUGUUCAAAAAUUGGGGAAGAGUUUGUGACAAGUUCGACAAUGCAAAGAAAAGAAACAAGGGCCGCAGUGGAGAUUCCGGUGGAAAGGCUACUCCAGAAAUGUUGCUGCUGGCUUGUUUGGCAUGUGGAGCAUGGGAAGACUGAAAGCAACAUGCCAUCUUCACCAAAGGAUGGGUGAAUGGAGACAGCACCUGGUUUGUUCUCUGCUCCCCAGCAUUGCCUUUUCACUGGCCCCAAGCACUACCUCUGCCAUCAGUGCUGUCUGGUGAUCAGCCCCCAGUCCAUAUCCUGCACAGAUUUGCAGUGCAAAAUUAGAAACAGUCUCCAUGCAGGACCUGGGAAUCUCUAUCCUGAGCCCACCUCAAAGACGUACUUCACUAGCUUGCUCCUCACCGAUGCCACAGAGCAUCAGCAGUGGUAGCAGGGGUGUGAGAAGAAGGGAGAAAAGAGCUGCAGACACAGUCCUUGACACAUCACUCGCAAAGACAUUGGAAAUGAUUGAAGACAUGCAAGUGCAAUCGGAAAACAAGAUUGAUGAUGAGUUGGAGAUGACCAUGGUGUGUCACAGGCCUGAGGGUCUGGAGCAGUUGGAGGCCCAGACCAACUUCACCAAGAGAGAGCUACAGAUCCUCUACCGCGGCUUCAAGAAUGAGUGUCCGAGUGGAGUGGUGAAUGAAGAAACAUUUAAACACAUCUACGCCCAGUUCUUCCCCCAUGGAGAUGCCAGCACUUACGCUCAUUAUCUCUUCAAUGCAUUUGACACAACAAACAAUGGAUCGAUAAAGUUUGAGGAGUUUGUAAUGGGACUGUCUACACUGCUGCGGGGCACUAUGAGAGAGAAGCUGGAGUGGACUUUUCAUCUUUACGACAUCAACAACGAUGGAUACAUUAACAGAGAGGAGAUGACUGAGAUUGUGAGGGCCAUUUACGAUAUGAUGGGGAAAUAUACCUACCCUGCACUCAAGGGAGAUGUCCCUAAACAGCAUGUGGAUGCUUUUUUCCAGAAAAUGGAUAAAAACAAAGCUGGAGUUGUGACUUUAGAAGAGUUCAUUGUCGCAUGCCAGGAGGAUGAAAUGAUGAUGAGAUCCAUGCAGCUCUUUGAAAAUGUGAUGUAAAAAAGGAGCCGAUGGAAGGAAGGAGAGAAUUCGAUAAUGAGAGAGAUUGUGUGUGUGUGUUUCAGUGCAUUCGUGUGAGUUCAUGUGCGCAUGUGCGUGUGUCCACACAUGUUUCUUUAUCCGUGCAUGUCUGUCAGAGUGGAUGAAUGUGGAUGUAUAUCUAUCUCUCUCAUCUAACUUGUCAGCAUUCAUGUGUUUGCCAAAUAAUGUCUCUGCCUGGCUACCUGCCUGGGUAUGGAUCAGAUGAAGCCAGAACCGCUGAGAGAACCCUGGACUUGCUAGUCAUAUUGCUGAGCCUGGGAGUAUGCAAACGAAUUACCUGGAAAAUGCUUUCUGCCUUUUUAUGUGACGUAAAGGUUUGUAAAUCAGAUGAUCAUACAAUAUAGACUGCAGUGCGAUACAGCUGAGAAAACUCAAACCCAUACGCUGCUCCCCGAUUAGGCCUAUGUGGAAACUCCUGAAAGACUCCUGACCCCUACCUGUCAAACACUGAAACUACACCGGGAUACUUUGGGUUCUUUUGACUCCGUUCUUUUUGCCAAAAUAGAUGCAUGCUUGAGCCAGAGGGAUUCCUCCCUCCCUACCAUAGAAAUAGAAUCAUGAUUCUACGUCUAUGCGCCCUACCAACCAUUUGUUUGUCCAGGACUUGGACCUUUAAACUCAUUCAUUCAGUGAUUGAUUUAUCGAUAGCUAUGAUCUACAUAUCUGCUUAUUUAUUAAUGUGUUUAUGCUAGAAAAAUAUGAGGUUGUCCUAAUGCAUUAUUUGUUUGUUUUAAGUGUUGUUUCUGUUUCACUGUUGUCGUGGUGACCUCUGUACCUCUGUUGGCUUGGCUGUCGCACUCCUGUCUAUCCUUGUAAUUGUGUCUGUCCCUGACUGAUGCCUGUUCUACUGUAUGCUUACAAAUACACCUAAUAGACUUGGUUUAUGACUGAU